GUCAAGGGCCGGUUUACAUGGCACGCGAGAAGCGUCAAAUGCGCAAAUUGCGGCGGACACGGCCACCUGAAAGUAUGCGCCUUUCUGGCUAAAAACGUCGUCAGCUUACCGUGGCGAAACCUGCAGGUGCAGUCCGUGGCGGCAUAGGAAGGUCGCAGCAAACGAACGACAGGGCUGGGAGAUGAGACGUCGCCGCUGUUUCACGAUGCUUUUGGCAGCAGUACUUGCGCUUGCCAUCACGACUGCCAGAGCGAUGCCUACGGCAGUGACAGUGGAGGCCGCUCCUGAUGACGCCACGACGGGAGCAGUAACAUUCUCGGACGACCUGCUCACCAUGGAAGGACAAAUACCAAAAGAUGGUUCCCAGUAUGGCGACUCUCGUUACGGGGACAUUGAAGACACAGACACAGAGCAUGACGUUAGCACCUCGACCAAAGUUUCUGCUCCGCUUCCCGAAGCCCCAACCGACGAUUCGGACGACGAUGUUCUCGGCCGUGUAGCAACUGCUACGAAGUUGUCAGGUUAUUCUAGCGACUCGCCUUCGAACUUGCAAACUGAGCCGAAAGUCCGCAGCAUUGGUGACAGUUCACGAGGUCACUCGCAGCUGUCAACCUUGAUACCAGUGACGACGGCGCAAACAGGGACAACUGGGACAUACCGGGAAUCCAUAUCCGAAGUCGCAAUAUCACCGAGUACGUACCCCACAACAGCACCAGCUAAAGUGCUGUUGGAGCUCAGUGACACGGGAAACGAGGGGAAGUUUUUUGGAGGGUCUGGCACGACUACACUGGCUGACGUUACGUCAGAACAACUUAGUAGCACUGAUUUAUCCAUCGGAAAGGAAGACCUGGUCUCCCGAAACAAGGAGGCCGAGACCCCUGAGAAAGAGCGCCCACCUAAAUCUGACGACCCAAACGGGAUGCAUAAAAAUGAACCAAUAGGAAGCGGACGCACUGACAGAGGCAGAGUUCCGGCUGUCAUCGUUUCAGCUAGAGCUGACGAGGAAGGUGCUUCUAGCAGCGACCGUGCAAAUCCCUUACCACAAAAGGGUGCAAUUGGCUCCGUUGCCCCUGCAUUGCAGGCAUCCCCGGCAGAAAGUGCGCAAAGCGGAUCUUCUGGCACUGCUCAAGUUGAUCAUCUGAUGGCAAGGGCUGGGGAAAAGCCUGACACGGAGAAAGAUGCAGGAGGAUCAGAUUCCCCCCGAGAAGACGCAAGUAAAGCUGGUAAAAACGAAAAAGAGGUAGCAACGUUGGCGAGUGCACCCGCUGGCGUAGGCGACGAACCACGGCAAGACACGCCCGGAACGAGGAACUUGAACACUGAUCCACCGGCUGCGGCGCGGGCUGCAAAUGAUCCCGUGCACUCGUCUCACCCAGGAAACUCGCCUGGCCAAGGAGCUGGUACGUCAAACAAGCCCACUGAAGGCACAGAAAAACUUGACGCUUCUGCGCUUUCAAAAGCAAGCCAAGCCGGUCUUCCUGAAUUGGGGGGACGAGCGGAACCACCGACGCCACAGCAAGGGCCAACUGGUAACGGUGGAAAAGGCGACACUGUAAGAACUGAUGACGCAGCGAGCCCCAAGUUGGGAGGUGGCUUGUCUGGUAGGGCAGCAGAUACCACAGAUAAGGCCUUGGAAGCGCCAAGAAAUGCCGAUGCUCCCACGGCCGGAGGCACAAACAAGGGGAACGAGCCUCUACCUGGAAGAGCAGAACAACCGAAGGCUACCGGCGGUGAACCUGGCGCUGGAGCUCAUCCUACAAAUAAGUCACCCGAAGUGCCGAGAAGUGCCGAUGCUCCUGUGGGCGGAAACAACAAAGCCAGUCAACCGGAAUCUCCGAGAGCAGAACAACCGAAGGCUGGCAGUGCAGAAUCUGGCCGGGGAGCUGAUCCUUCAAGCAACCCAGCUGAAGUGCCGAGAACUUCCGAUCUUCCUGUGGGCGGAAACAACAAAGCUGGUCAGUCGGAAUCUCCAAGAGCAGAACAACCGAAGGCUACCGGCGCUGAACCUGGUGCUGGAGCUCAUCCUACAAAUAAGUCACCCGAAGUGCCGAGAAGUUCCGACGAUCCUGUGGGCGGAAACAACAAAGCCAGUCAACUGGAACCUCCGAGAGAAGAACAACCGAAGACUGGCAGUGGAGAAUCUGGCCGGGGAGCUGAUCCUUCAAGCAAGCCAGCUGAAGUGCCGAGAAGUUCCGAUGUUCCUGUAGGCGGGAACAACAAAGCUGGUCAGUCGGAAUCUCCAAGAGCAGAACAGCCGAAGGCUACCGGCGGUGAACCUGGUGCUGGAGCUCAUCCUACAAAUAAGUCACCCGAAGUGCCGAGAAGUGCCGAUGCUCCUGUGGGCGGGAACAACAAAGCCGGUCAACCAGAAUCUCCGAGAGCAGAACAACCGAAGGUUGGCAGUGGAGAAUCUGGCCGGGGAGCUGAUCCUUCAAGCAAGCCAGCUGAAGUGCCGAGAAGUUCCGAUGUUCCUGUGGGCGGGAACAACAAAGCUGGUCAGUCGGAAUCUCCAAGAGCAGAACAGCCGAAAGCUACCGGCGGGGAACCUGGUGCUGGAGCUCAUCCUACAAAUAAGUCACCCGAAGUGCCGAGAAGUGCCGAUGCUCCUGUGGGCGGAAACAACAAAGCCAGUCAACCGGAAUCUCCGAGAGCAGAACAACCGAAGGCUGGCAGUGCAGAAUCUGGCCGGGGAGCUGAUCCUUCAAGCAACCCAGCUGAAGUGCCGAGAACUUCCGAUCUUCCUGUGGGCGGAAACAACAAAGCUGGUCAGUCGGAAUCUCCAAGAGCAGAACAGCCGAAGGCUACCGGCGCUGAACCUGGUGCUGGAGCUCAUCCUACAAAUAAGUCACCCGAAGUGCCGAGAACUUCCGAUGAUCCUGUGGGCGGAAACAACAAAGCCAGUCAACUGGAACCUCCGAGAGAAGAACAACCGAAGACUGGCAGUGGAGAAUCUGGUCGGGGAGCUGAUCCUUCAAGCAACCCAGCGGAAGUGCCGAGAAGUUCCGAUGUUCCUGUGGGCGGAAACACCAAAGCUAGUCAGCUGGAAUUACCUAGAACAGAGCAGUCGAGGCCACAGCAAGUGCAACCUUUCAUUGAUGCUGGGGGAAAGGGCGAAACAGCCAGAGAUGGGGACGCGGCAAAGCUGAAGACUGGCGGUGGUGAAUCUGUUCGUGGAGGAGAGACAGUAAACAAGCCCCAAGAAGUACCUAGAAAUAUGGAUGUUCCUGCUGGAGCGAACAAAGCUGGCCAGCCUGAAGCUCCAAGAGCGGAACAGCCUAAAGCACAAGGGCCAGGUAAGGCCAGCGACAGCUCAGAAGUGCCCAGGGCGGAGCAGCAGAACCCACCUGCUGUCAUGAAGGCAGUUACCGACAUGAACAGCGAAGGCAGGGAAGACAGCCAACCGGAGAUUCCGAAAACUGAGGUCCCGAAGCUACCUGCUCCAUCCAGCGCAGCUAGGGACGGCAAGGGAGAGGCUACACCAAGUAAAACUCAAGGAACUCUUCGCACGGACGAGGGUAAGACUGUCGUUGACGUGAAAGGCGACCCACCGGUAGCGGUCUCUGUACCUGAGGGAUCAAAGACAAAGGUCAUUGUUGAAGACAAGAAAGACUCCAAAGAGGGCAUCAAGAAGCCAGAAGCAACAAAAAUGGUCGAGGCAACCGAAUCCGAAACACACAUUUCAAUUGACGACCAUGAACCCGAUAAGAAACCUACGGCUGUGGUUGUUCAAGAGGAAAAACCACAUGAAGGUAUGAAGGACAAGAAUAAAGAAGCAGUGCUAGUCAUUAAAAACAUUACAAUUGAAGUGGAACCAGAGGCAGCUAAACCGGACUCCAAGCCAGAUAAAAUUGUUCCAGUUGUGCCACCAACGGAGACAGUGGUGUACCCACCUCCUCCAGUAUUAAGUCCUCCAUAUCAGCAACCUCCGGCUUAUCAACCUUAUCAGCCCUAUCAGGCGCCACCCUAUCAUCAACCUUCUGGAACCGUCGUAUAUAUACCACAGAGUGUUUAUCAGCCUGCCCCUCAUAUGACCUACGUGCCAGGCAACAUGUUGCCUUACCAAGGCCAGCACAUGAGUCCUUCAUACCAGCCGGUCCAGUAUCAACAACCUUACACUGGCUACCAGCAAGCUGCCUACCAUCCAGUCUACCAACCGACAUAUAAUCCCGUCAACGGUCCUGCCUAUCCGCAAGCCCAACAUGCAGCUUACAAUCCGGCGUACAUGCCAAGCUACAGGCCACAGCAACAAGUAAUCUACGUUCCACAAUAUCAGCCUCCACGUGCAAAUCCUUCAGGGCACUACAUUCCAAGCCAAGCGAGUCACCACGUAGUCUAUGCUCCUACGUACAAAGGCCAGCACAAUCCUGCCCCAAUGGUAGGUUACCAGGCAGGCUAUCCUCCUGCGGCUAACAUCCCUUACGCCGCACCCGCUUACCAGAACUAUCCGCGCUAUUCUCCACCUGCGAAACCAGCGUACCGCGCACAGCGACAGCGUGUGGUAUACUUGAGGCACAAACAGCCUGUCGUUAAGCGACCAGGUCAUCGGACUCUGUCUCACGGAGGCUACAGGCGCAAUGUGAACGAACAAAAUCAUGCUUCUCAACUGCACUUUGCGCCAGUGAUAGCUCACAAAGAGAAUUCAGCCGUGCCAAUCGACGCUCCCGCAUUGAAGACAAGUCCCGCAGCCCAUCCAGCCGCACUGGGCCCUUUGCAGAGUCACAGAGCACACAGCGCAGGUGAAAAUCCCCACUUCAAAGCCAGUCACCCACCGAAGAUGACGAUUUGGAAGGGACCAAUCUACAAUGAACCGCAUAUUCCUGUGGCCUACAGGAGAUCGGGGUUUCAUGACGAGGCUCCUGCUGAGGAAGAUAUGGAAUUUUUGGAAAUCUAUGAAGAUGGCGAUGCGUCGGUGGAGCACCCGAUGAACAUCGAGAGCCAGUUCGUCUAACUAUUGUGAUGGUUGUGUAGCCUUCCGCGUGUAAAGGCUCUUUCCGCUCCGUAAAAUUAUGUACCAAGUCGUAAAUAUUUAAACCUUAGAUAUAACUGUACAUACUUCUAGAGUGCUUCGCAAAACGCAUGCGAUCCGUGUUGACUUGCACGUAUGGUCUUUGACCUUCACUUCGUUUUCAGAUUUCCAUAACACCAUGCGAAGUAAACCCAUUUGGGACUGAAUACGGUGGCCAGAGCGCAGGAUGCUCUUUUACAACACAUCCUUACGGCGUUUUCUGUGCUUUUGAAUAUUCGUUGUAAUGUAACCGUAUAUUUUUCAUGAUACAAUUUUUAGCCUUCCACUGCAUUUGCAGAUUGUGACAGUGUGUACAUUUCUAUUUAAUAAAUGAUUCUUUAUGUUACACUUUAA